AUGGCGAAAACGGCAUCCGCAGUCAAGGAGGCUGUUAAGGAGACGGUCCUCGGCUCCGACGACGUCGCUGGACCGUCCUCCCAGAGCAAGGCGCGCUUUACGAAAAGGGCCGUCAAGGAUGAGAAUGGCGAGCUCUUCAUGGGUCCGGACGAGUUCAUCAAUGCCGUGGCUCCUGAAAAUGAGGACUUUCACAAAAUCCGUCGUGAACAGUACUUGAUCCUGUUCCGCGUCGCCGACCGUCACGGCCAGGGCAGGGUCUCCCUUAGCGACUGGCACUUCUUUGAAAACAUCCUUGCCAAACCGGACGCCGAGUACGAAAUCGCCUUUCGCCUCUUUGACGUGGAGCGCACUGGCAACGUCAAAUACGACGACUUUCGCCGCCUCUACGAGCUCAACAAGGGCCCCGAGAACAUUCCCUUUGACUGGGACUGCGAAUGGGCCAAGCUCUACAUUGGCAGUCGCUCCAAACGCCACAACCUUGACUACCCCCAGUUCUCCCAAAUGUUGCGCGGGCUCCAGGGCGAGCGCAUCCGCCAGGCCUUUCAGCUCCUCGACAAGGACGGCGACGGCUACAUUGAGCCCGACGAGUUUGAGCGCAUCAUCCUCGAGACCUCCAAGCACAAACUCUCCGACCACCUCCUCAACAACCUUCACACCCUCUGCAACAUCUCCAAGGGCACCAAGAUCUCCUACGCGAACGUCCGCGCCUUCCAGAACAUGAUUAAGGAGAUGGAUCUGGUCGAGCAGAUUAUCCGCCGCGCCGUCCGCGGUAGCUCCGACGGCAAGAUUACUCGCACCGAGUUCCUUCACGAGGCCGCCAAGGUCACCCGCUUUUCCCUUUUCACCCCGAUGGAGGCCGACAUUCUGUUCCAUUUUGCCAGCCUCGACGAGCCCUCGGGACGUCUCGGCCUGCGCGACUUUGCCAAGGUCCUUGACCCCUCGUGGAGGACCCCGGCCGAGUCGCUCGACGAGGCUUUGACGGCCAUUGUCAAGGCCACCAAGCCCGCCGGUGGCAGUAUCCUGCACAGCAUCGCCCAGUCUGCCUACAACUUUGGUCUCGGCAGUUUGGCUGGUGCUUUUGGUGCCUUUAUGGUCUACCCUAUUGAUCUGGUCAAGACCCGCCUGCAGAACCAGCGUGGUGCCCAGCCUGGCCAGCGUCUGUACAAGAACUCGAUUGACUGCUUCCAAAAGGUCGUCAAGAAUGAGGGCUUCCGUGGUCUCUACUCUGGUGUCCUACCCCAGCUGGUCGGUGUCGCUCCGGAAAAGGCCAUCAAGCUGACUGUCAAUGACCUCGUCCGCGGCCACUUUACCAACAAGAAGGGCGAAAUCAACCUCUGGGCUGAGAUCUUUGCUGGCGCCAGUGCUGGUGGUUGCCAAGUCGUCUUCACCAACCCUCUCGAAAUCGUCAAGAUUCGUCUGCAGGUCCAGGGCGAGGUCGCCAAGACUGUCGAUGGCGCCCCCAAGCGCUCUGCCAUGUGGAUAGUUCGCAAUCUCGGUCUCGUUGGCCUCUACAAGGGCGCCUCUGCCUGUCUGCUCCGCGAUGUGCCCUUUUCCGCCAUUUACUUCCCGACCUACAGCCACCUGAAGAAGGACUUUUUCGGUGAGAGCCCGACCCACAAGCUGAGCAUCCUGCAGCUCCUCACCGCCGGUGCCAUUGCCGGCAUGCCCGCCGCCUACCUGACGACGCCCUGCGACGUCAUCAAGACUCGUCUCCAGGUCGAAGCCCGCAAGGGCGAGGCCCAGUACACUGGCCUGCGCCACGCCGCCAAGACCAUCUGGCAAGAGGAGGGCUUCAGGGCCUUCUUCAAGGGCGGCCCCGCGCGCAUCUUCCGCUCGUCGCCUCAAUUCGGUUUCACCCUCGCUGCCUACGAAUUCCUACAAAACGUCCUGCCUAUGCCCGGCGGCCAAAAGGCCGAGCUCCCUAAGAUGACUGGCGGGCCGUCGGAAACGGCCCCCGUCCAGGACACGACUCCUUUUGGCCGCAGCCGCAACGCGCUCAAGAUUAUCCUCGAUCUCGACGAGGACUUUGGCCGCGCCAAGCUUCCCAACGAGCAGGGCUGGAAGACUCUGCCUCGCGCAAUCGGCGGUGGCGGCGCGUCUCAAUGA